AUGACCAGCGGCUAUGUGUUCCGUAUUGAGAACCCAGCCACGGUGCACUACCUCCAGAAGAUCAGCAAGACAGCCCAUCUCACCACCGUCGAAGUCAUCAACAUUGACAACCAUAUGAGCUGGGCGGGACAGGCCGCUAAUGUCCUGUUCAUCACGGCCAAUGCCAACAUAAUUUCCGUCCUAACCUACGCGAUAGCUGCUUCGCUGACCAUUGCUGUCCUCAUUUGUCUGAUCCUAAUGAAGGAUUGGUGGGGCCUGUUUGUGAUCCUGAUCAUGAUUCUCGCGCGCGCUCUCAACGUGAUAUUGAUCCGUCUUCGCAGCCGGCUAGGCUGGAUUGGCGCAUCCGAAACAGGCCGAAGCGAUCUGCUCGUUCUACUGAGCCAAGACCGAUGGGUGCGUAUUCAGGGCGCCAUCGACGAUGUAAAAGCCGUCACGGCGGGCCAGUGGCUCCGCGAGAUGGAGCCCUACGAGAGCUGGGUUGCCGCCAUCGCCACUGUACUUACUUACCUCGAUGCCGCUCUUGCCAGUAACGCAACUCAAUUUGGAAAACUCCUCCUGGUCUUGCUGUUGAUUGUCUCAGCUGGUUUGCUUGCUGUUGCUAAUCAGUUCACCACUAAACUGCAGAUGCACGGGAAUGUCUUGGAGGUAAGAGGGAAGCCUCAUGAAUACCACAGACGCUUGGACAUGGCCGAGCAGCUUAUCGCGGAGCAUGGAGGGAAGAGGGGCUGGGCACUUCGACUAGGGCUGAUAAAUUCGGAGGACUAUUUUGAUUCGGACGUGGAAUCUCGAGGAGGUUCGGCGCUUCGUCGGCCACCGCGUUGGGAAGCCUGGGGGCCGUGCGUCGGAAAGCGGGCACGGUCGAGGGGAUACAUGCUGUCACGAUGUGAUAGCACAGAAGAAUUCUUUCAUGUUGUUCUUAAGAGAACGCAAGCCUUCCUUCAGCUAGUAGUAGUCAAUAUAUUGCUUUUCAGCGCUGCGAGCACGGAAAGACGCGUUGCUCCCAGUAGCAUCAUGAAAGCCGACUUGUGUACGCCGAGCAACAUUGAUGGCCUGCUCACCGAACCGGGCGUUCUCAUCAAUAGCUCCCGCAGUGGUAUUAAAGAAGCAUGGUGGAAGACUGAGAUUGAAAGACGGGUCUUGUGGGAUAAGUUAAGAGAGCUGUAG